CAGCUUGUUUUGUGGACUCAGUCCCUACCCAUCAGUGCGCACAUGGGACCGAUGCGAUUCCCCUGCCUAGUCCUAGUCUCACUGCUUCUAACCCAAGCCCUGGGCUUUGCCUUUGUUGGCUUGCGUCCUCCUUUGGGCUUGAGCGGAACAAGCAGGGCACGAUCCGGCGGAUCAUCAACGUCACACGAGCAACAUCAACAACAUCGGUGCUUGCGGAUUGGUGUUGGAAGCAGAAGCGGGGCGGGGAGGGAGAGCAGUCUUCUUGCAGGCAUCAACGGCGAGGAGGAUGACGUCGAUGUUGUACCUGCAAGGACCUUCGUCUCCGGCAGCAACCAGCCGGAGCGGAUCUGCGUCCUCGGGGGAGGCUUCGGGGGUCUCUACACGGCCCUGAGGCUGCAGAAGAUGCCGUGGCGGGGGCGGAGACCAGUCGUCACGCUCGUCGACAAGCGGGACAAGUUCACGUUCUUGCCCCUCCUUUAUGAGUUUGCCAUUGGAAACGCGGAGCUGGACGAGGUUGCCCCGACAUUCCGCGAGCUGCUGGCGGGCAGCGGCGUGUCGUUCGUGCAGGGGUGCGUUUCCAACAUCGACCUGGAUGGCAAAGGGGUGACGGUUGCUGGCGCCACGUCCGAUGAUCUCGACGGUUUCAUGGUCUCCGACAACGCCGACGAAAGUGAGGACAUCUUGGGGGUGGGGGCGAGAACCCUCGAGUACGACAAGCUCGUGCUGGCGGUCGGAGCGGAGCCGGCGUCGGCAAUCGACAAGGUGCCCGGGGCGAGGGAACGCGCCAUCCCCUUCUACAGCAUAGAAGACAGCUACCGCGUUAAGCAGGCCAUCAUCAAGCUCAAGGCCCUCGUGAGGGAGAAGACGGUGUCGCGGGUGGUCGUUGUCGGCGGGAGUUACGCCGGGGUGGAGCUGUCAUGCAACCUCGCGACGGAGCUGGGCGGCGGGAGGAAGGGGAAAGGCAAAGUGGAGGUCACGCUGGCGGCAGGCUCCGAGGUCCUCGCUAUGGCGACUUCCGGCAACCGCGAGGCUGGGCUGCGGCGGUUGGCGGAAUCCGGAGUCCACGUGAUGAAAGGGGCGAGAGUGUCCGAAGUCAAGGAGGGUGGCGGCGUCGUGCUGCAGCAGGGGGAAGGAAAGGCAAGAACUGGCACCGACUCCGCGGGCGGCGAGGAGAUAAUGGCCGAUCUGCUGGUCUGGACAGCCGGCAGCCAGCCCAGCUCGCUGCUCGAGCCCCUCGACGUUCGGAAGGAUGCCAGGGGUCGCAUCGAGGUCGACCGCAAGCUCCGUGUUGUAGAAGCGGCUGGGAGUGCCGGGGGGGUGGGGGAUGUGUAUUGCCUGGGGGACAUCGCGGCUGUGGAAGGGUUGGAGCUGGGCUGCAACGCACAGGUGGCGCUUCAGCAGUCGGAUUACGUGGCGUACAAUAUCUGGGCGGAUAAGGAGCGAAGGAAGCCGCUCGACUUUAGGUGGGUGUGCGCGGAUGAUAAAGUUGUUCCGGCUUGGGAUAAAAGUAAUCGACUCUAGCUUUGAGGUUUAGCUCCCAUGGUUUUCUUCUCGAUUCAAUUUUUUUGUGUUCGAGUUGUCCAAUUGGAGCAUCCGACUAUUAAUUGUGCGCUUUGACUGCUGUGCCGUGGUGUGACGGUUCGCUGUUCAUCUGCGAGGUCUUAGUGCGUCCUUCUUUUUUACUUCCGGCAGGGUGCAUGAUGUAGGCCCCGUACUGGAUGGCUUGAACUUUGGUGUAUGCGGUAUAUCGACUCGAGGCGUGCCGUAACAUAUGUGAUAAAUAGACAAUCUUCCGUUCGUCUUGUUUUCGUUGCUGCUUGGCCUUGUUUUCUUCAACCCUAGAUUUUUGAAUCUCGGGGAGAUGAUGAACCUCGGCGGGCUCGACGGUUCCUUGACGACGCUAGGCGGUCGGGUCAAGCUCAGCGGGAAGGCGGCGGGCCUCGCGCGACGAGCCGUAUAUGCG